CGAAGAAGAAGAAGUUGGAAGAGGAGAUGGUGAGAUUACAGAAGGAGGAGAUGUUGAAGCUACAGCAGGAGGAGGAAGAGAAGAGGAGGGCUGCUGAAGAAGAAGCGGCAGAAGAGGAAGAGGUAGAAGAUGAGCCCCUUGAAAGGAGACGCAGGGAAGGACGAGGGGAAAGCAAUGGCACGAAGGAGGAGGACAAAUGGAUGGAGAAAAAGAUUAGCGAGUGGGUGGCUAAUUUAUCAUUGGGAGAGGAUGAGGAGGCACUACUGUACGUGCCCCAGGAGGAGAGAGAAGCAUUUGCCAGGGAAUUGGAAGCGAUGGAGGACCCCCUGGAACGCCAGACGAAAGAAGAUGGAAAAAAGUUGGAGUGCAAGUUGCAUAUGAUGAGGGAGAAAAGAGAAGGAGGCAGGAAGCCAACCGGAUGGCUAGGGAGGUGGAGAGAGUGCGGGCUAAGAAAGGAGCAGUUAGAGGAUCAGGUCUUCAUAGUGUAUGUCAGACCUGUCACUGAGCCUAAGGAAGAGGAUAGUCCCAUGGAUCCAACCAUUGCCAAGCUGCUGGAAGAGUUCAAAGACCUUGCAGAGCCGCCGUCAGGAGUGGUGCCACGACCAAUCCAGCAUCGUAUAGAGAUAGAGCCUGGCAGUAGGACUCCUAAGGGAGCAGUUUACAGGAUGUCCCCUAGGGAGUUAGAAGAGUUGCGCAAGCAGUUGGAUGAGCUCCUUGAGAAAGGUUGGAUUAGGCCCAGUUCAUCUCCUUUUGGAGCACCGGUAUUGUUUGUCCCCAAGAAGGAAGGAGAAUUGCGUAUGUGUCUAGACUAUAGGGGUCUGAAUGCUAUCACGGUGAAGAACGCUGAGCCAUUGCCCAGGAUAGAUGAUCUCUUAGAUCGGGUGCAGGGUUGCAAGUACUUUUCAAAGAUCGAUUUGAAGUCCGGAUAUCAUCAGAUAGAUGUCCAUCCUGAUGACCAGUACAAGACUGCGUUCCCGACUAGAUAUGGGCAUUACAAGUUAAUAGUGAUGCCCUUUGGACUAACCAAUGCGCCUGCCACAUUCCAGCGCUGUAUGAAUGAUUUGUUUAGACCUUGGUUAGAUAGAUUCGUCGUAGUUUACUUAGACGACAUCUUAGUGUUCAGUAGGACUCUCCAAGAGCACCAGGGUCAUUUGAGGCAGGUCUUGGAGAAGCUGAGAGAAGCUAACUUCAAGAUCAACGCGAAGAAGUGCAAGUGGGCCAAGACGCAAGUCUUGUAUCUGGGCCACGUUUUAGACGGAGAUGGCAUUAAGCCUGAGGACAGCAAGAUAGCGGCGAUUAGAGAUUGGCCGACGCCCCGCACAUUGACUGAGUUGCGGUCGUUCCUAGGCCUUGCUAAUUACUAUAGGAAGUUUGUGAGGAACUUCUCGACUAUCGUCGCUCCCCUUCGCAGGUUGCUCAAGAAAGAGGCGAUCCGACAGUGGGAUAGAGAUUGUACGUCUGCGCUAAGGAAGUUGAAGCGCGCGUUAAUAGAGUACCCAGUCCUCAAAGUAGCAGAUCCGUCUUUGCCAUUUGUCGUCACCAUGGACGCGAGUCAGUAUGGUAUAGGCGCCGUGUUACAGCAGAACGACGACAAUGGCUACAGACCCGUAGAGUUCAUGUUAGCGAGGAUGCCCUCAGAGAAGGUAGCUACCUCGACAUACGAAAGAGAACUCUACGCUCUCAGGCAGGCCUUAGAGCACUGGAAACAUUACCUACUUGGGAGCCUCUUCAAGGUGUAUUCAGACAAUGAGACACUUAGAUGGCUGAAGACACAGUCCAAAAUGACACCUAAGUUGACUAGGUGGGCCGUUGAGAUAGACCAAUACGACUUUGAGCUCAAGCCUGUCAAAGGCAAGUACAAUGUAGUUGCAGACACUCUAAGUAAGAGAUCAGACUACUUUGGAGCUAUAGUUCACUAUCUGGAUAUAGGGAGUGACCUGCAGGAGAAAGUUAGACAGGCAUAUGCGCAGGACUCUAUUUAUAGCGACCUCCUCAAGAGAGUCAAGGAGGGCCCAAAGACUGAACCAGAUUACCGCACUAUAGAGGGGUUGCUAUUUGAGAAGACCGACGUAGUAGACCGUUUGUGCGUCCCCAACAGUGAGGAGAUCCGCAGUUUGAUCUUAGGGGAACGCCACGACACGGAGGGACACUUUGGUUGGCAAAAGACUUUAGCCAACCUAAUGCAUGCGUAUACGUGGCCAGGAAUGAAGAACGACUGCAUAGAGAGAUUCGGUGUCCAUUGACUUUAUGGACGCUGGCGUCAAGAGUAGGCACGGCAAGA